AUGCCGAUAUCUUCAGCCACCGGAACCCCGCUUUUGGAUGCCGAAACUCCUCUUUUAGACGACGUCGUCAAUGGAUCCGUCGACUUCAAAGGCCGCCCUGUCACGCGUCCCGGAUCCGGUGGUUGGAAGUCCGCUUCCUUCAUCAUAGGUGUUGAAGUGGCAGAGAGAUUUGCAUACUAUGGAAUAAGUUCGAAUUUGAUAAGCUAUUUGACGGGUCCAUUGGGUCAAUCCACCGCAACUGCAGCGGAGAAUGUGAAUGCGUGGUCUGGAACGGCGUCGCUUUUGCCGCUUUUGGGUGCUUUUGUGGCCGACUCGCUUCUCGGUCGUUACUGGACCAUUAUUGUUGCCUCUGGGCUAUAUAUCCUGGGACUUGGCUUCUUGUCCCUAUCUGCUGCUCUCUAUUCAUUCAAAUCUUCCGACUGCCAGACAGCAUGUUCUCCACCAGAGUUUCAAAUUAUUAUCUUCUUCUUGUCUUUGUAUUUAGUUGCAUUAGCACAAGGAGGGCAUAAACCUUGUGUUCAAGCUUUUGGAGCUGACCAGUUUGAUGAGAAAGACCCAAAAGAAUGUGAAUCCAAAAGCUCAUUCUUCAAUUGGUGGUAUUUUUCCAUGUGUGCAGGUGUUGUAGUGGCUCUCUUUGUUUUGAACUACAUUCAAGACAACCUAAAUUGGGGUCUUGGCUUUGGAAUCCCCUGCAUUAUCAUGUGCCUUGCACUAAUAAUAUUUUUGCUUGGAACUACGACUUACCGGUUUAGCAUACAGUGCGGUGAAAGAAGCCCGUUUGUGAGAAUUGGCCGGGUAUUCCUGAAUGCGGCUAGAAACUGGCGGACUACCCCGGCAGCAAUAUCUAAGGAAGAGGAAGCUCAGCAUAUUCUGCCAUAUGAAGGCUCUCAACAGUUCAAACUUCUUAAUAAAGCAUUGCUAGCACCUGAUGGUUCAAAGGAUGUUGGGAAAGUUUGUAGUAUCAAUGAAAUUGAAGAGGCAAAAGCAGUUCUCAGGCUUAUUCCAAUAUGGAUUACAUGUUUGGGAUAUGCCAUUGUAUUUUCACAAUCAUCAACCUUAUUCACCAAGCAAGGCGUUACAAUGGAUCGUUCUAUCACAUCUAGUUUUCAAAUACCAGCUGCUUCACUUCAAUCUUUUAUCAGUCUUGCAAUUGUUGUCUUUAUUCCUAUUUAUGACCGUAUUUUGGUUCCUAUUGCAAGGACUAUAACUAGGAAACCCUCGGGAAUAACAAUGCUCCAACGUAUCGGAACUGGAAUACUUUUAUCUUUUCUUUCCAUGAUAAUUGCAGCUUUGGUCGAGAUGAAACGUCUGAAAAUUGCUGUUGAAUAUGGACUGGUGGACAUGCCUAAAGCAACAGUGCCAAUGAGUGUGUGGUGGCUACUACCACAGUACUUGCUUUUCGGAGUUUCAGAUGUAUUUACUAUGGUCGGUCUCCAAGAAUUCUUCUAUGACCAGGUUCCUAGAGAACUGAAAAGUAUCGGUCUUGCUCUAUACCUUAGUAUAUUUGGCAUAGGGAGCUUUUUGAGCAGUUUUCUUAUCUCUGUGGUGGAGAAAGCUACCAGUGGCCCGGAUCGAGAUAGUUGGUUUUCGGACAACCUUAAUCGGGCUCAUAUUGACUACUUCUAUUGGCUACUGGCUGGGAUUAGCGCUGUUGCAUUCGUUGCCUACUUGUACUUUGCAAAAUCUUAUAUCUAUAACAGAAAAAACGCCCUUUUCUCCUCCCUUUGCUCUGUGCCGUGGGCCCCAUUAUUUGCUGUUUGGAAAUAUGUUUCCGCAUACGCCGCCUCCGGCGUCGGCGUCGGCGGAAGAUGGCGGAAGUUUACCGUGGAGAUAGAGGAACUAAAGUGGGAUUGUUGCACAGGUGGAGUGGGGUUGUUGACCUCCAGAGAUAUGGCGAUAUCUUCAGCCACCGGAACCCCCGUUUUGGAUGCCGAAACUCCACUGUUAGACGACGUCGUCCAUGGAUCAGUCGACUUCAAAGGCCGCCCUGUCACGCAUCCCGGAUCCGGUGGUUGGAAGUCCGCUUCCUUCAUCAUAGGUGUUGAAGUGGCAGAGAGAUUUGCAUACUAUGGAAUAAGUUCGAACUUGAUAAGCUAUUUGACGGGUCCAUUGGGUCAAUCCACCGCAACUGCAGCGGAGAAUGUGAAUGCGUGGUCUGGAACGGCGUCACUUUUGCCGCUUUUGGGUGCUUUUGUCGCCGACUCGCUUCUUGGUCGUUACUGGACCAUUAUUCUUGCCUCUGGGCUAUAUAUCCUGGGACUUGGCUUCUUGUCCCUAUCUGCUGCUCUCUAUUCAUUCAAAUCUUCCGACUGCCAGACAGCAUGCUCUCCACCAAAGUUUCAAAUUAUUAUCUUCUUCUUGUCUUUGUAUUUAGUUGCAUUAGCACAAGGAGGGCAUAAACCUUGUGUUCAAGCUUUUGGAGCUGACCAGUUUGAUGAGAAAGACCCAAAAGAAUGUAAAUCCAAAAGCUCGUUCUUCAAUUGGUGGUAUUUUUCCAUGUGUGCAGGUGUUGUAGUGGCUCUCUUUGCUUUGAACUACAUUCAAGACAACCUAAAUUGGGGUCUUGGCUUUGGAAUCCCCUGCAUUAUCAUGUGCCUUGCACUAAUAAUAUUUUUGCUUGGAACUACGACUUACCGGUUUAGCAUACAGUGUGAUGAAAGAAGCCCAUUUGUGAGAAUUGGUCGGGUAUUCCUGAAUGCAGCUAGAAACUGGCGGACUACCCCAGCAGCAAUAUCUAAGGAAGAGGAAGCUCAGCAUAUUCUGCCAUAUGAAGGCUCUCAACAGUUCAAGUAA